UUAAGUUUAAAUAGACGCGGGAUGAUCGACAGUUAUUCGAUAUAUUGUUUGGACGUUGUUAUACAGUGGAAUAGCUACAAACAGGUAUUUUCAAUGAUAAGUGGUAAAACGCUUGACAACGGUCGUAUACGAUUUGAGUGAAUUUAUGUAAAUGGAUGUCAGGAUGUUUUGAUUCUAACCUGUAAUGAUUGCUGCUACAAAAAUGAAUUACCCUAUGCACGAUAUCCCAGAUGAUUGUGAACCACGAGCAACGCCAAGACCUGCUUCUAAAUUAAGUUCCUUCCCGGUGCCUUCAGUUCCAGAAGUCUCGUUGAUUUUCGACAGACCUACCUCUCCUAAAAGAACCGGUCAAGUGCAACGAUCGACUGUGGUGGAAAAAUAUGAAUCAUAUGCCGCAUGGAAGAAAGAAUUUUCUCACGCUAGUAAGAAAGAAAAAGAUUAUAAUGCUAAUUCCGGAUAUAUCGCAACAACUGAUUCUUUAAAGUUCAGUAGGAGCGAUCCUAGCUUGGCUGGGCUAGUCUGUCAACAAACUAAAUCCAGUCGUGAGGGAGCAAAGGAGAACUUUCAAGAAACUAAAAAAUCCCCAUUUACGACGUAUAAACAUAUCGAAGGAAUAUCGAGAAGCCAAGAACACGCUGCACUUAACGAAUCGGUUACGAAUCGUCAAAAUUUGGAAACUCAUCGAGACAGAGAAAUCAAAGAUUCGCAGAGCAGAAACUUACCUUGCAGGCCAUACCGUAAUACCAAACAGGCAGCAGUGCCCCAAUAUUCGGACCAUAACGUAUAUCCUGAAUGCACCAAUGAUUAUCCCAGGAGCCCGAACGUUGAUGCUAAUCCAUCGCAUAGUACGCACGGUCCAGCCAUGCACCGUUCGCCAUACUAUCCAACAUGUGCCGCGGAUAAAAGGGAUUCACCCAGCUUCAAUUACAGUUCAAACCCCUUGCCUAAUGUGGAGUAUCACCCUGGGAACGUUUCCAAAUAUUCGGCUUACCCGCCGUACUUCAACAAAGACGUAACGUACCCUUUUCCUUUUCCUUACUCCCCGGGAUACCCGGAUCAGAAGUCUCAGAACGACGAGACCGUAAAGAACCUGUUACAGCUUGUAAAUAGUCAAAAUGAACAAAUCAAGACCCUACAGAUACAGGUGGAUCGACUGUUAAAAAUUCAGGAAACGGCAUGGCGCAAGUGUGGAAAAUGUACGUGUACCAUGGAAUCUCCACGGCAAAAUGCUCAAGUACACAUGAGGUCCUACGAUGUGGUCAAUACUGCCAGCACCGCGACGACAUCCCACCCUCAAAAUCAGUCCAUGGAAACAAAUUUAAUUAAGAGUAUGUCAAAGACGGGAGAUCCGGGGACGAAUUCCAAUGCCGGUAGGUACGGUAACGAUUGGUCCGAAAUGAACGCACCGCUACAGGAAGACAAGUCACGAAGUGCAAUCUUGGAACAGGUAUCGAUAGGUGUGAUGACAAGUUUUGAGUUCACCGUCCAGAACAAUCAGCCCGCUUUGGAGCCCGAAGAUAGAGUGAGACAUCACAGGCAGGCAGAGUGCGAACGACUCUACAGAAAUAAUGGAAUAAAUUCGCAGGAGCCCGACGAGCUCCCGAGGAAAAGUCAGAACACGUUUUCGCGUAUGCCCAGAGCACCCUUAGAAAAUAUCAUCGAGGAUUCCGAGAGUCACCUGUCUAGCCAACAGCCUAGCAGUAACUUUUAUACAAAUCCAUCGGUAAAAGAGACCCCAGAGAAAACGGACUACUUGGACUCGGACCAGCCAAAUACCGUAGGCUCUCAGGAGGCAGAGUUUCGCGGCCAUGGCAAAAGAAGCGACCACGCCAUUUUGAUGAGCGAAAUGGACAGACUUCAAUAUUUUAAGAAACAGUCUGAAAAUUAUAUAGACACUCUUAGAGAGGCUUCGCAAAGGCAAGUGCCUUUCUCGGGCCUAUCCCCGCCUGACGUACGCUCUUUGGAUGAUACACGGAAUUAUAAAGCAACCCAAAACGAUGCGACGUUUCGAGGCAAAUUGACGGGCUUGCGUGCACCCGAUGACGUCGAUAGCCGUAGUAGAAAACCAAUAGAAUGCCCGAGAAAAAAUCCUAACGCGCGGAAAAAUAGUCCCACGGGAACUAAGGCGAUAACUGGCGAUACUCGGGAACGGAACGGUAAUAAGGACGCGGACGAAAGUUUAGUUUUAAGCGGUGGAGAAUUAGAAGUUAAGGAACGACCUCCGCCAAGCCCAGAACCUAGUAUUCAUGUGGAGAUGCAGGAAUAUUCUAGCGACGAAGAUAGCGAACACACGAAACGAACGCCAAAAAUUGGUUGGACGUUCUAUAACGAUGUCUUGGGCCAAGUUAAUCAAAUCCUACAAAAUUCACCGAUCGAAGUGCGUCAUGGAAAAGGUGAAGGUAAAAAUCUUGAGCACAAUAAGAGCGAAAAAGACGACACGGAGAGGAAAGCAUUGCUCGAUACGGUUAAAGCUGCAACAAUGGAACAGUUGAAAAAGUUGGGAAUAAGCUUCUCCGAGAACCCGGAAGCUAGCGACGUCAACGGAACCAAAAGAGUGACCUUCGAUUCGUCCUAUUAUCCAAGAUUAGACUAUCGUGCUAGCGUGCCUCAGGGUACAAGCGCCAUAGCCGAAUCGAAUUCUAGUAUGCACAUGAAAGCUUUGGAACUAAAAUACCUAAGCGACGAACAGUUGGCAGAAAUCGCAAUGCAAAAGCAAGGAGCCGGCACUCUAAAACAUCUAACGCUUAGCAACGUUCAGGGCACCAAUAUGUCCUUUGCUACAAUGCGAUACCUGGAGAGGUAUCAAUUACUUCCAGGAAAAAUGAAUGCUCAAAACGAAGGUGGUAAUCAUGACAUUGCAGAAAUUCCUUUAAACCAGAAGAUGAGAAAUAACAAUAACGCGAUCCAACAACCGGUCGCUAAAGGAUAUCCACCUCUCAUUCAAACUCCUAGAACCAGCUGCCCUAGCAAGAUACUAGAUAUUUCUACGUUGAAACAACAGCCAAAGUUGUUAUAACGUAUGCCCAAUGCAAGCUUUGGAUUAACGUUGUAAUAAGUGUACAAAGGUCGAGAUUAAUUAUGUACCCAUUCCAUCGAUAACCAAAUAAUGAUUUUAUAUCACAAUA